UUGAUAGAGCAUAACAUCCUGGAGUUAUUUAUUUUCAGAUUUAAUGCUGUGCAGUUACUUGAUCACUCAUGAACUCAGCCAUUUUAUUUAUUCAAUUUAGAUUGUGACAUAUUCUAGCAGAGAUGUUGAGGUUAUUACCAAAGGCUGGAAGAAGUCCAGGCCAAAUGACGGUCAACUCUAUAGCAAGGUUCAGGGCAGCUUACGGGCUCAAACAGCAACUUCGCCAGUCAGCUCGAUGUCUUCAAACAAGACAGCCUAGUCAAGAGAAACCAGAACUCAUCAUUUUUGACAAAGAUGGAACACUCAUAUGUUUUCACUCUCUUUGGGCACCAUGGGUUGAAGAUACGACAAAGAGGUUGUGUGUGUUUACAAGUUGCAGAAAUUCAACAACCUUCAGGAUGAAGACUGUACUCAAUGGCAAAAGGAGAUGCGUAUUUGGUAUAAGGUUUGAAAGGAAAACUGGCCUUAAUCUUGAAGCAAAAAUCCACCAUUUAUUUAAAUACAAUCAGGCAGAGAGGAAGAUUCUGCCGGGUCUUCUGGCAGAAGAAACAAUGCCAAUUAUUAAAAGACAAUUAGAAAAGUUGCUCCAAGGAGAAGGUCUUGAUUUUGAUCGAAGUCAGGAGAUUGUGGAUGAAUGCUAUCAUGAACUUGAAACAAUUGACACAAAUGUUUUGAUCACACAUGGGAAUGUAAACAAAUUAAUGACAAAGCUGAAGGAACAUGGUAUUAAGAUUGCUGUCUGUACAGCAGAUUCAAGGAAAGGAACCAUAAACACCCUCAAAGAGAUGGAAGUGGAUCAUCUGGUUGACAUGGUUGUUUGUUCCGAUGAUCCUGGGAUGAUUCCGAAACCAAAUGCACAUAACGCUUUUGCAAUCUGUGAGAAGUUAGAUGUGGAGUUGGACAGAACGGUAAUGGUUGGAGAUACAAUGACAGAUAUGAAGUUUGGGAUCAAUGCCGGCCUAGGAAAUGUUGUCGGUGUUCUCAGUGGAGUUUCAACGGAAGGAGAUCUAUGUGAAAGUGCAGAUCAUGUAAUCGAUGACAUCCAAGGCCUUACAAGUCUCUUCCUUAAGAGUUCUCCUGGAACACAGCAUACAAAUCUCCCACGGAAGCCGCAUCACGGCCCAUUCAAUACCCCAGCUCGCUCAUUUUCUACAAGUUCUCCAGCCCAUUCCGAGCAGUUCUCGCAUGUGAUUGUUGGAGCAGGGUCGGCAGGCUGUCUUCUUGCCAACCGCCUGACAGAAGAUAGUACUAAUAAUGUCAUGUUAUUGGAAGCUGGCCCUAAAGACUACACAUGGAAGAUACAUAUGCCUGCAGCUUUGGUCUACCCCCUAUGUAAUGAUAAGUAUAACUGGUUUUAUAAUACUAUUCCUCAAAAAUACAUGAACAAUAGAGAAAUGUACUGCCCUCGAGGCAGAGUCUGGGGAGGAUCUUCAUCUCUUAAUGCAAUGUGUUAUGUCAGAGGUCAUGCACUGGAUUAUGAUCGAUGGCAGAAGGAAGGAGCCGAAGGCUGGUCUUAUGCAGACUGUUUGCCUUAUUUUAAGAAAGCCCAAAGUCAUGAGCUCGGUGAGGAUAAGUAUCGCGGUGGAAGUGGACCACUUCAUGUAUCACGGGGAAAAACAAAAAAUCCACUUUUUGCUGCAUUUCUCGAAGCAGGACAUCAAGCAGGGUAUCCACUUACGAACGAUUACAAUGGAUACCAACAAGAAGGAUUUGAUUACAUGGACUUGACCAUCCACAAAGGUAUACGAUGGAGUACAGCAAAUGCUUAUUUAAGGCCUGCACUCAAGAGAAAUAACUUAAAGGUAACGAGUAAAACACUUACCACCAGGGUAUUAUUUGAGGGAUCUAAGGCUGUAGGGGUUGAAUAUAAACAGGGUGGGCAGUUGAAGACAGUAAGAGCUGAUAAAGUUAUUCUGAGUGCUGGGUCAAUUAACACCCCACAGUUGUUGAUGCUGUCAGGUGUAGGAAAUGCAGAUGAUUUGAAAAAACAUGGCAUUCCAUUAGUCAAUCAUCUACCAGGUGUUGGACAGAACUUGCAGGAUCAUUUAGAAGUGUAUGUCCAAGUGGCUUGCUUAAAGCCAGUUACCUUGUACAAGGCACAGUGGAAAUUCCCACACAACAUGGUCAAAAUUGGUCUAGAGUGGUUCAUGUUUCAAACUGGUUUAGGAGCAACUAGCCAUCUUGAAGCAGUUGCAUUUAUCCGAAGUCGUGCUGGGAUAGAACAUCCAGAUAUCCAAUUCCACUUCCUGCCAUCGACAGUCAGGGAUCAUGGAAGGAUAAAUGGCGACCGCCAUGCAUAUCAGGUCCAUGUAGGACCACAAAGAUCCCAAAGUCGUGGAUCGAUUAAACUACGAACAAAAAAUCCAGAAGACCAUCCAUUAAUAGAUCCAAAUUAUUUAUCAACGGAAGUUGAUCGAUGGGAGAUGAGGGAGUGUAUUAAACUCGCGCGAGAAAUCUUUGAACAGGAUGCAUUUGCCCCCUAUCGUGGUGAGGAGAUUCUACCGGGCGUAGAUGUACAAUCUGAUGCCCAACUGGAUGAGUUUGCAAGAGAACAUGGGGAGACUGCCUACCACCCAUCAUGUUCUGCCAAGAUGGGAAGUGAAAAUGAUCCAAUGGCAGUGGUUAAUAAUAGAACUGAAGUAUUUGGUAUGGAGAAUCUGCAUGUUGUCGAUGCCUCCAUAAUGCCAAGUGUUACCACCGGCAACCUGAAUGCUCCUGUAAUUAUGCUUGCUGAAAAAGCUGCUGAUAUUAUACGUGGCCGUGAGCCACUUGCCCCAGUCCAUGUGCCUGUCUACCAACCACCAAGCCUAGACACGCAGCGAUGAUUUUCCAGCUUUUAAUCUAUUUAUAUUUGGUAACACCUUCGCAGUUUUUUCAUAAUUUGUUGCUGCAAUAAUUAUGAACAACUUUGCAUUAUGGGAUGCAAUGAUGUAUAUGCUAUUGUUAAAUGAAUAAUAAAAUUAUUUAAAAAAUCAUUGCAAUAAAAUUAAAUUAAGAUGUGUUGCGUGAACAAUGCAAAUUGUUGUAAAAAACAAAAAUUAACAUGUGUAUUAUCUGUUAUAAUAAUUGCCACAAUAAAUGUUUUAAUUCAUUAGGUACAGCGUCACUUUUAAGCUGCUGACAUCAAAACAAGGACAUGUGUAAGCAAUCAUCGUUAGGCUUGCUGGUGGCACUUUAUUUUAGAAUUUUCCAAACGAAUCGAGAGUAAUCAGCAAAUGAAAUUAUGCAUGGAAUCCAUGCUACUGUAAAUUACCAACUGUAUCUGAAAUGUACUUCUGUUGUUUGUGUGAGUGGAUUAGUUUAGAUACAUUGUAUUAGGAAAACCACUGUAACUUGUUGAAAGAUAUUGGAAUGAUUUCUACAUAUGGGUGUAAUUUAAUUCCUGUAUUAAUUUCUCAUCCACCAGAAAGUAAAGACAACAAAAAUGUACUGACCUCUGAUUUUUUGGGAGAAAUUAUAAAUAGGAUAAAUUAUAAUAGACCUUAUACUGUAUAGAUAAGAAAUAUUGUUUUAAACUGAUCAAUUGAUUUGGUCUGUGUAUGCUGUACUAUGUUAGUAUGUGAUCCAAUUUGGAGUAUUAAAAUUACUUAAUUCAUAGUAA